GAUAAGCCUGAACCCCCUGAGGAAGGUCGUCUCCCUGAUGCUACCAAAGGUUCUGAUCACCUGAGGGAAGUUUUCGGUCACAUGGGGUUGAGUGAUCAGGACAUUGUUGCUCUUUCUGGUGGACACACGCUGGGAAGAUGCCAUAAGGAGCGUUCAGGUUUUGAAGGGGCUUGGACGUCUAACCCGCUUAUCUUUGACAACACUUACUUCACCGAGCUUCUUAGCGGAGAGAAGGAAGGACUCAUCCAGCUGCCAUCAGACAAGGCCCUUCUGAGCGACCCGGUUUUUCGCCCUUUUGUUGAUAAAUAUGCUGCAGAUGAGGAUGCUUUUUUUGCUGAUUAUGCUGAGGCCCACCUAAAGCUUUCAGAGCUUGGAUUUGCUGAAGUUUGAAUGUCCUGAACGAAGUGCAGUUCCUGCAAAGUUUUCUUGUACUAUGGAUGAUUUUCGUGUCUUCUUUUGCUAGUGGCUGCUGUAUAUCAUGUCAUCUAAACAAUAACUACGGUUGGUUCGCCGAAUCCAAUAUCAAGCCUUCUUUUUGUUAAUUUCUUAAAUAAAUCCAUAUUAGGCUGUUGGUUGUUAUGGUUGUUAUCAAGUCUGCUCUGUUUUUCUUUCCUGUGUUCUGUUGCACAUGUUUUGUAGCACGAGCUGUAUCUCAUUUUGUUUGCAGCAUGCUGAAACUUUACGUGUCCUGUUUUGUCCGAGAUCUGGAUGUGUAUGAUAUGUCUUAAUGGUGAAAGAAUUUUAAAAUCAAUAUGGUUGCGUGAUA